GCUAGAGCGCUUCGGUGUUAUGUGUGCCAUGGACUCACCCCAGUAAUAUUGACAAUAGUGAGAAAAAGGGACAGAAUUUCCCUAAUAAAUAAUUUUCCUGGCUAAAAAUCACAUGUAAGCUCAGAGUGUGGAUACAGAGAGACAUCCGGGGAUGUUUAUAUUUCAGCUGGAUCAUUUUCUAUCGUCGGAAAUUUGAGAGUUUGAUGGGAUUAUUGCUGUGGGCUUGGCAAUUUUUAAGGCCAAAAACCGAUUCGGUGUCUUUAUUUUUCUUUUCCUGUUGCUUCGAGAGGCUUUGAAGGAGGGAAGACGGUUAAAAAUACUCAAACCAGGUCCUCACAUCGAAAACAUCAAGGGCUAUGUCCUCCGCAGCCACCACUCCUCCAUCAGUGGAUAAAGUAGACGGAUUUUCCCGGAAGUCUGUCCGGAAAGCCAAGCAGAAACGUUCCCAGAGUUCCUCACAGUUCCGCUCUCAGGGCAAACCAAUCGAACUCACACCUCUUGCCCUGCUGAAAGACGUCUCUCCUCAGGAGCAGCCGGAGUUGUUCCUGAAGAAACUUCAACAGUGCUGUGCUGUUUUUGACUUCAUGGACACCCUGUCAGACCUGAAGAUGAAAGAAUACAAGCGCUCGACUCUCAACGAGCUGGUCGAUUAUGUCACGGUCAGCAGAGGAUAUCUCACAGAACAGGCCUACCCAGAGGUUGUCAAAAUGGUAUCCUAUAAUAUAUUCCGAACUCUUCCGCCCAGUGAGAGUAAUGAGUUUGACCCUGAGGAGGAUGAACCAACUCUAGAGGCAUCAUGGCCACAUUUACAGCUGGUGUACGAGUUCUUCAUUCGUUUUUUGGAGAGUCAGGAGUUUCAACCCAGCAUUGCCAAAAAGUACAUAGACCAGAAAUUUGUCUUACAGCUAUUGGAGUUGUUUGACAGCGAGGACCCACGGGAGAGAGAUUACCUAAAGACAGUCCUACACAGAAUCUACGGCAAAUUCCUGGGACUGAGAGCUUUUAUACGAAAACAGAUAAAUAAUAUUUUUCUACGUUUUGUUUAUGAAACUGAGCACUUCAACGGGGUUGCAGAAUUGUUGGAGAUUUUGGGCAGCAUCAUCAAUGGCUUCGCUCUGCCACUGAAGGCUGAACAUAAACAGUUUUUGGUGAAAGUUUUGAUUCCUCUUCACACCGUCAGGAGCCUCUCGCUUUUCCACGCACAGCUGGCCUAUUGUAUUGUACAGUUCCUAGAGAAAGACCCAGCGUUAACAGAACCGGUCAUCAGAGGUCUGCUAAAGUUCUGGCCUAAAACUUGCAGUCAGAAAGAGGUCAUGUUCCUCGGAGAGCUGGAGGAGAUUCUGGAUGUGAUUGAGCCUACGCAGUUUGUAAAAAUCCAGGACCCUCUCUUCAAACAGAUCUCUAGAUGUGUCUCCAGCCCUCAUUUUCAGGUGGCUGAGAGAGCCCUGUACUACUGGAAUAAUGAGUACAUUAUGAGUCUGAUUGAGGAAAACUCCAACGUGAUACUUCCUAUAAUGUUCACCAGUCUGUACCGGAUCUCCAAAGAGCACUGGAACCCGGCCAUAGUAGCUUUAGUCUAUAAUGUUCUGAAAGCCUUCAUGGAAAUGAACAGCACUUUGUUCGAUGAACUCACAUCCACUUACAAGUCAGAUCGUCAGAGGGAGAAGAAAAAAGAGAAGGAGAGAGAGGAGCUGUGGAAGAAGCUGGAGGAUCUGGAGUUAAAGCGAAGCCUCCAGAGCGACGGCAUUAUUCCCACUUAACGACGCGCCUCCUCCGGAACGCUUUCCCCAACGCCUCCACCACACGCUCGGAACGUUGGCCUUUAUUUUCCUUUCUGUAUUCGUGCGACUUACUUUACUGUAGAUUCACCUCGUCAGUCUCAUUAUUUCAAAGCACUGUAAAUAUCUUUAUUUUAUCCUCUCUUUUUUUUCCCCGUUAAAAUAUAAUGCCGAUAAAGAACGUGACUAGAAAACAAAAAAUAAAAUAAGCAAAAAAAGAAACCCGCACCGGAGGGGGACUUUGAACGGGACAGUUGGACUGAAUAAAACCACUGCUGUGGAGAAGAACAUUAAACGGAGAAUUUCAGCCCACCGAUCUGACAUACCUCACCAAUCUCUACAGAACAACACCAGCCCAAUUCUUUCUCUCGCUUUCCUCCCCUCUUUAUACCCCCAUUUGCCACCUGGAUGUCCUGUAUUAGAAAGAUGAAUGGUCUCACCCCUGGCCUUUUACCCCAGUGCUACGGAUCAUUCGUUACGAUCUGGAUAAAUGCAGCAGGUCUGGAUUGCAGACUUCUCAGUGGGGACACUAUGCAGUAACCUGCAGAGAACUGGAAGUGGACACAGAAACACAACACCAGCUCACGUUCAUGUUGUUUUUUCCCUUUAUGUUCUUUUUCUGGUUCACACUCAUUUGGACUCUCUAGCACCAGUCCGGUACUGGUACCAGUGACACACGCAUACACACACACACACACACCUGAGGGAGGUAUCCAGAAUUCCAGCACCAACCCGGAGAUGUUUGUCAUGAGAAAUUGAACUGCACGCUCACACACGUAUUCUGCAUCGGGUGUGUGGGGGAGUUUCUUACAGUGUUAAGUACCUGUAUGCUGUAUCCGAAUGCAGUACUUUGAUACUCUGUAUCUAGUAGAACCUUUAGCGUAUUUUUUUCUUUAGGAGAGUCCAGUAUAUGAUGAGGAAAGAUUGAACACACCGCCUCUUGGGAUUUAGUUUUCUUUCUUUCUUUCUUGGGUUUCACUUCUAAUUUGUUUUGGGUUUAUUUUUUGUCUAGAAUUGGAUUUGUUUUGACCAAGUGGAAUUUGUUCUCCCUUCGUUUUUUACUUAGUUGCUGAUUGGGGGGGAGUGAGAGGGGAAUUCUGGGAUUGUGGAGGACUGAUGCUGUGGUGAGCUUUGUCAGAAUGAACCUGUGCUUUAGAUAGUCCCAGACGUCAACAGUUGCAAAAGUUAAAAAGGGUCGGAGAAAUACAAAUGUUUAAUUAUUUUAAAAAAUAAAGAGAUAUUAAAUUAAA